AAGCAAGCCACUCGAGCAUACCCAGCGCCGCAGACACUAACCCUCACGCCCAGUUGGAGCACAUCGACAGUCCAGCCAGCGUUGACCCGUGGGUCAGUCGUUAUAUUGCACUGACAAUCCCAUCACCAGUCUUUCCAGCUGACCAUUGCACCUGCGCCUGUCAACAGCGCAUCGACAUGUCUGACAUUCAGUCCCCCAACCCGGGCUUUGUGCCCGAGUCCUGGAGUUUGUAUGGCGUCGGCGCCUUCUUCGGACUUCUUCGACUAUAUGCCAAGUUACGGAGGGUGGGCUGGCGAAAACUCCAACUCGACGAUGGCUUCAUCGCCUUCGGGUUGGUCUCCUACACCAUGCUCUGUGUCUCGUUCAAUCAAAUGGCAACCGGCGCAGGUUCCAAUCUGAUGACGCCCGAGGAAGAAGCCCAACUCACUCCAGAGAUCAUUGCGGACAGGAUCCGAGGCAGUAAAUGGGUCUUCGUCUCGGAGCAUGCCAUGCUCUUGACUAUCUGGAGCAUGAAAGCUGCAAUGUUGACCCUUUAUGCCAGAGUCACCGAGGGAUUAAGAGUGCGUAAGCUCCUCAACGCACUCAUUGUAUGGACUAUAUGCGCCUUUCUCGGUGAUGUACUUGCCUUGUUUCUCAUCUGUCGACCUCUAUCGCAAUAUUGGGCGGUCCCACCGAACAACCCACAAUGCUCUACAUACGAAUACUUUCAGAUCGUGAACGCCGUCUUCAACAUCUCCACCGACGUCUUCAUUCUAGCUAUUGGAAUUCCGCCUGUCAUGAAAGCCCGACUGUCAGUGCAACAGAAGUUGGUGCUGGGUGUCAUCUUUGGUAUGGGUACCUUUGUGAUCGUGGCCGCCGUCCUCCGCGCCAUUUACUGCUUGGUGCCAUCACUUGUGUCCUACGUCUACAUGAAUUGGUAUUUCCGCGAAGCAUCGGUGGCCAUCUAUGUGACCAUCCUCCCUGGUCUCUGGGUCUUCUUCCGAGAGAUCUUUCCCAUCCUUUCCAAGUUUGGUACCAGCCGCAAAGGCACGAAAGCAACCUCGGGCGACAAUCACACUGCGAAUUGGCGAGGGCAACCUCUGGCCAAGAAAAGCCACAACACCUUUGACCAUGGCUCGAAUCGCCACAAUCUCGGCUCGUCCAAAGAUUUCGACCUCGACCUCGACCUUGACACCUACCCAAUCAGCAAGUCCGUCGUCACCGGCUCUGAGCACGAACUCGAGCGCGGACGGUCCAUGUCCGAAGCCCACAAUGGCGAUACGUCGUCGACAAGUUCCAGAGGGUUCGACCAGGCCGCCAACGAAAUCAGGCGCGAUGUCACCUUCACAGUCGAGAGAGUUCCCAUGGAGAAACCGUGAGAAUUUGAUCAACUUUGAAAUAGAAUACUGUGCGUUUACACUGGCAUCGAGUUUGUACGAUAUUAUGAAUAAAUAUGCAGCGAGUACAGCAAGCAUCAAGCUCUUUACAGGCUCUCGAACAUACCACCUCCCUUGCACAAGGAACCGUUGUACCGAAGUGGUCUCCC